AUGACAUCUCCAAUGUUUGCUCUCUAUCUCACAUGUCUGUUUUUGGGUGAAACAGCUCAUACUGCUCUGAAACCCACAUCUUCUGUUCCUCAAGACAGUGAUUUUAUAUCAGCUAAUGUUGGUGACAGUGUAACGUUGCAAUGUUCCGAUAAAGGUGAUGUAGCGGCAAGGCUUUACUGGUAUAAGCAAACUCUGGGACAGAAACCAAGGCUCAUCUCCACAUUCUACACAUUUGACAUGAAUGGCACUUUCUAUGAUGAAUUCAAGAACAAUCCACGCUUCACACUGAACACCGAACACGGUACAAAUCACUUGGCGAUCACAGAUUUACACAUUUCAGACUCAGCUACGUAUUACUGCAUCUGUUGCUUUUUAUACACGUUUGAAUUUUCAAAGAACAUCAUUGUCAGUGUAAAGGAUUCAGGUUUGAACAUCCAAGCUUUGGUCCAUCAAUCGGCAUCUGAGAGCAUCCAGCCAGGAGACUCUGUGACUCUGAACUGUACAGUACACACUGGGACCUGUGAUGAUGGAGAACACAGUGUUUACUGGUUCAAAAACUCUGAAGAAUCUCAUCCAGGACUCAUUUACACACAUGGAGGCAGGAAUGAUCAGUGUGAGAGGAACACCAACACACAAACACACACCUGUGUCUACAACUUGCCGAUGAAGAGUCUGAAUCCUUCUCAUGCUGGGACCUACUACUGUGCUGUCGCCUCAUGUGGACAGAUACUGUUUGGAGACGGGACCAAGCUGGAUGUUGUCAAUGAGGUAGACUCUCCUGUCUUGUUGUAUUUUGUGAGUGGAGCUUUGGCGUUCACCACCAUCUUCAGUGUUUUACUGGCUUUCUCAAUGUACAAGAUGAAGAGAAACAGCCAAUCUACAGAAUCUCAAGCAAGAAAUUCAGCUCCGUCCAGAGUCAAUGCAAAGGGUUACAAAGAUGCAGACAAGCUGUAUUAUGCUGCUGUAAGUGUGAACCUGACCAACAGAAGAAGACAGAAGGACCCAACCUGGAGUGAAUGCGUGUAUUACAGUGUAAAGCAGUAG